ACACCUGAUGACCAUACAGGCCGAGAUGGGGACCCAUCACUGGAGUUAAUAAGCCCUCAAGACUCAAACCCCCUGGUGGAGAGCCCCAUUUCUGGACUUUGUAGUCUUUUUCUCCCAUUGAAACCCAUUAUAAGACGUGGCUUUUGAACUACAAAAAUGGAAUAAUCCCUCUCACUCCCUGUUGCCGUCGGGAUAACUGAAAACUGAUGCUACUUGGAAUUCAGCCAAAAGCCAAGAAGGAUCAACUUCAAAACACAAUCUUCAAUAUCAAGACUUUUCUGCAAAAGCCCUGAAGAAACGAGAAAGAGCGACUGUUUUGCUAGAGAAAAUAUCCAAUCUCAUCUUUUUGUCUGUGUGCGUGUUCAGCAAAAGAUAGAGCUGUGGAUUUAAUUCAUGAAGAAGACUCUUCUGGGAGGAAACAAAAAUCUUCAAGAAAAGGACGACUCCACUUGCGACCCAGCAGUGAAACAUUUACCAAAGACAAACCGUUUCCUUUUUUUGAGGGGGACAGAUUCAAGGAUUUUUGAAUUGAGCAAGCAUGAUGCCAAAAUAAAAGCACAUCCCCUACUUUUGCAAAGACAGAAGAUGAGACUACACUAGUCCUGCAACACUGACCGAAAACGAGAGACCGAGAACGCCUUGACUUUUAUUUUAUUACCAUUUUUUCCUCUCAUUUGUGUGCGUGUGUGUGGGUUUGGUUUUUCGGGAGGAUAACACUGACAAAAAGUCACCUGCUCCUACUUAUUUUAAUUUUUGGUGUAACGUUUCUGGUGUAAACCCUUCUUCAGACGUCUUUUUUUUUUUUUUUUUUUGGUUUUUGCACAUUUUUUAAACUUUUUUUUUUAAAACAUAAGAAGAUGUAACGUCAUGCACACGCCUCAGCACUUCUCCGAGUACAAUUAAGACCGCAAGAGCAUCUGAGAGACUAUUAAGACCGCAAAAGCAUCAGAGAAAACACUUUCUUUCCCCCCACACAUUUUUUUCUGUUCCCAGAAACUGAACAGGAUGAAAGAACUCUGGCACUUCUGGAAAGAAGUCUCGUCUGGUUAACCAUCUGAAAGGCGACCAGUAGAGGAACGUUACUCGUGGAGGUGGUGCUAGGUCGCGCACAACGCCGUCUGCAGCUUUGAAGCUUUGUGUGUGUGACAGAGAAGAAGACAAUAGAGAGAGGAGGUUUUUUGUUUGUUUUUUUAUCAUUAGUUUUUAUGAAUAUUUUCUCUUGUGGUGAGUGCUUCGUGUGUUCUGUUGAGAAGAAGAGCCAGGUCGCCGUGACGAUGAGCGUGGGAGACUUGCAUCACCUGGACUACCUGGGGGAAGGAGAGCUGGGCAUCAUGGCUGGCAUGGGCAUGGGGAUGGACACCUUUAUCCACCGGAUAGACUCCACGGAGGUGAUCUAUCAGCCGCGGAGGAAGAGAGCCAAGCUGGUGGGCAAAUACCUGAUGGGGGACCUCCUGGGGGAAGGAUCUUAUGGAAAGGUGAAGGAGAUGCUGGACUCUGAGACUCUGUGCCGGAGAGCCGUGAAGAUCCUGAAGAAGAAGAAGCUGCGCAGGAUCCCCAACGGAGAGGCCAACGUCAAGAAGGAGAUCCAGCUCCUGAGGCGCCUGCAGCACAAGAACGUUAUUCAGCUGGUGGACGUGCUCUACAACGAGGAAAAACAGAAGAUGUAUAUGGUGAUGGAGUACUGCGUGUGUGGCAUGCAGGAGAUGCUGGACAGCGUCCCUGAGAAGAGGUUCCCCAUCUUCCAGGCCCACGGCUAUUUCUGCCAGCUCCUCGAUGGCCUAGAGUAUCUCCACAGUCAGGGGAUCGUGCAUAAAGACAUCAAACCUGGAAACCUGCUGCUCACCACCGACGGGGCCCUCAAGAUCUCCGACCUGGGAGUAGCAGAGGCUCUUCACCCGUUUGCUGAAGACGACACGUGUAGGACCAGCCAGGGCUCCCCGGCCUUUCAGCCGCCAGAGAUCGCCAACGGCCUCGACACCUUCUCUGGCUUCAAGGUGGACAUCUGGUCCGCAGGCGUCACACUAUAUAAUAUUACGACGAGCCUGUACCCGUUCGAAGGGGACAACAUCUACAAGCUGUUUGAGAACAUCGGCAAGGGAGACUACUCGAUCCCGGAGGAGUGUGGCCCUCUACUGUCGGACCUCCUCAGGGGUAUGCUAGAGUAUGACCCGGUCAAGAGGUUUUCAAUACAACACAUACGCCAACACAAUUGGGUGCGUAAGAAACACCCGCCAUCGGACCCCCCCGUGCCCAUCCCCCCCAGCGCCCCCUCAAACUCCUCAGGAGGGAGCGGCGGAGACAGGUGGCGUAGCAUGAGUGUGGUGCCUUACCUAGAGGAUCUCCAUGGUUACGGUGAUGAGGAGGACGAGGACGAGUUCUUUGAGGAAGACGACAUCAUCUACACUCAGGACUUCACCGUGCCAGGUCAAGUAGCGGACGAUAUGGUGGAUGACGAGGAGGACAGCCACGCCCACCACCACAGCCGAGGCCGGGGAUUGGUCAAGUCCUGCGUCAACGGCGGCACGUCGGACGGUGGAGGCGGGGCCGCCAAGUCCUCGUCCAAUAAGGGAGAGCGGCGGUCCAGCAGCUCGUCCAAUCCCUCGCACAAGGGCGGAGCCAGCGGAGCCACCAGCAAGAUCCGCAAGCUGUCCACCUGCAAGCAGCAAUGACACACACACACACACACACGCAGGUUUCUCCGUAUUCUCUCCAUCCUUCAUGUGCUGUGACUGCGAUGCCCCUCAAGACACACGCCCUCUUUCUCUCUCGCUCUCCCUCUCUCUCUCCCUCUCUCUCUCUCUCUCUCUCUCUCUCUCUCUCUCUCUCUCUCUC